CAUAACGCUACAUUGCGGCGCAGUAAAAAGGUUCGCCUUCCUAUCCCCAGAAUCCAUCCCCUAUAUCGUAACAGGUCUAUAGCAUUGUUUAAAAUUAGUAAUACUUUCGACGGUUUUGUGUUAAAGUGAGAGAAUGGACUCGGAGUACUUAAAGCAACAUGUGGGAGUGUUUCUGGCGGAGGGAUUGGCUGAAGUGGCAGAGAGGCGACCUGCUAGGCCCAUCCAGUAUCUGGCUCACUGGCUCUACAAAAAGUCAUCUAAUGCUGAAUACCAGAAAGAGGUGAAAGAGCGUUUGGCUCUCUUGGAGGAGCAGCAGGCAGAAGCUGAUGGAGGAAAAGUGCAUGAGGAGGAGCUGAAAAAGGACGAGCAGAAAACCAGUGAAGCCCUAGAAGAACCUCAUAAUAUGACUGAGAAACUCUCAGAGCCUGAUGCAUCAACUGGAACCACUACAGAGCCUGCUGAUGAUGAGAAACCCGUAAACGAAGAGAAACCAAACUUUCCUGAUCCGGAACGCCCAAAACAAAAUCCUGAUGUCAAGGAAGAGGACAACGAACACGAGGAGAGAACAGAUGUGGAGCAAAACACGAGCAACCAUGAUCCAAACGAAGGGACAGAAGCUCACCUAGAUCUAGAGGAGGUGAGCGGCCAAUCUAAUUCUGGCAAACAGAAAGCAGAACUAACCAAACAACUCCAACAAACUCCAGGUCAAGGUGGCACUGAUAUGACAUCUGACAAUACAGAGAAUCUGAGCAACACAUCAAGCCCUGACUCCCAAAAUGCAGAGCAGGUUGAUGGAGAAGAGAUGGAUAAACCUGAAAACUCUGUCCAAGAGGAGGCCUCCUCCACUGUGCAGAGCAUGGAGAUCACAAAAGAGGAGACAUUUCCAGCUGAAGAACAAGAAGAAACCAUGACAGCUGAUGAACAGGAGACAGAAGAAUCCGGUUCAUAG